GGCCAUGCAGGAGGAUCCUUCCCUCGCUGCCCCGUGCUACCAGCCCGCCUGCCCUACGAGGGCCGCGUGUGUCUACAGCAGCUGCUACUGACUCAGGACUUUGCGCUUGCCAGGCGGGUGUUUGUGCCGCUGAGCUGUAUCCCUGGCCCUGAAGUCUCUUUCAGAUGAACAAAACACACCAUUUUUAUUUGGAUUGUGUGGUGCACUAGGGAUAUAGCAGGGAUUGAAACUAACUUCUCUGUGAAGAAAAUAUUUGGAAGCUCUGUGAAUACAUCAAAAACCAUGACCAGUAUCCUUUGGAAGAAUGUUACGCCGUCUUCAUAUCAAAUGAGAAGAAGAUGUUAUCAAAACAAGGAAGGGGAAUACUGAAGAAAGUCGGGAAUCUGAACAGGACCCUCCAAGGACCUCGGAAGUCUGCUCAAGGGCUUCUUCAAGUGCCCAUCUGGAAGCAGCAGGCGAGACCUGGAAACGGGCCCGUGAUCUGGGAUUACCAUGUUGUUCUGCUCCAUGUUUCAAGUGGAGGACAGAGUUUCAUUUAUGAUCUUGAUACUGUGUUGUCAUUUCCCUGCCCCUUUGACACAUAUGUAGAAGAUGCCUUGAAGUCUGAUGACGACAUUCAUCCACAGUUCAGGAGGAAAUUUAGAGUGAUUCGUGCUGAUUGCUAUUUGAAGAACUUUGCUUCUGACCGGUCUCACAUGAAAGACUCCAGUGGGAACUGGAGGGAGGCGCCCCCACCCUAUCCCUGCAUUGAAACCGGAGACUGUAAAAUGAACCUGAACGACUUCAUCAGCAUGGAUCCUGAGGUCGGGUGGGGAGCUGUCUACACACUUCCUGAAUUUGCACAUCGGUUUAGCAGUAAAAGCUACUGAAUGGGGCAUCUGGAUGUGGGACUGUGGAGAACCCCAGGACACGAAGAAGCCAUCCUAUCCUUUAGGACAGCAAACAUGGUACGGUUAGCUUAGCGUUACUUUUUCUGUUUUAAUUCAGUGGAGUAGAAACAUGGAUGAGCACAAAUACAAGUGAACAAAAUGAACUAUUUUGGGCUGGGGUGGAAUGCAUGUGUAGCAUGUGUGAGGCCCUGGGUUCCAUCCCAGCACCACAGAUAAAAGAAGGCCUUUCCUUCGGUGUGUCAAGUGGAAACUUGGCAUGGCGUGUAGCUGCUCUUACGUUAACACAUGUGACAGGGGGUGCUGGCAUUGCUAUAUCCAGACAGAGAUGUCUCUUCUGCAUGUUUCCUGUUCCUCUAGCCACACUGUAAGUCCGUUUUGGGCAAGGCUGUGGCUUACAGACAGGUGAACCUCAGAUGUGCCCAUCAAAGUUGCCCAUACAAUAUUUCUAGAGACAGCACCGCUGCUUGGAAGGGAUUACAUUGUGUGCUGAAUCAGCAAUAAAUAUUAGUCUUUUUGGACUACAAUGUUGUUAAUGAUUGCAUUUCUCUCAGGCUGAGUGAUAUUUGGCCUACUUAUAAGUGAUUUUUUGAAAAAUACAUUUAAAGUUUAUUCUGUUGAAGGUUUUGUGUUGUUCUUCAUGAUCCUAAGACUGUCCCAGUCCUGUAUGAGAACUGUCUAUGUGCUUUUUAAAAAUGUGAUUUAAAACACAUUUGUCAUGUCUGCCUUCUUGGAAAAUUGGCUUUAAUCAUACAAUUCCAAAUAAAAGAUAUUUGGCUUUAG